AUGCAGGCAGAUAUUACCCUCUCACCCGCAAACUUUCUCGGUGACAACGACGGGCUAGUCCACAGCUUCAUGGAAGCACCGCCCCAGGAACACAUCCUACAUAUCCGGUAUCAGCUUGCGCCCUGCACAGUGUCAUCCCGCAGCCCAGUCCCCCUAUUUGAGCCCUUCCACCUCCUCCACUGCGGUCACAUCGUCUACAUCGACGGAAAAGACCGCCGCUGCGGCCAAAACUGUCGCAACAUUUCUCUCUCCUACAGUCUCUCUGCUUCAAACAUAUCUACUGAUCCUGUUCUUUCAACCAACUAUAUGCACGAGAACAACCUGUACUGCGAAGUCUGCAGCGGUAUCCCAUUCGACCGCUACCUUCUCAUGUAUUCGUCACCCACAUUCAAUCUACCCAGCAAUAACCCCACAUUGCGCCGUUCCCUUGCUCUUACACCCCCACUCCUACACUCCUGCACCAGUCUUUCAAACGAAGACAUCAACGCAUCAAUUGCGCCGCUAUCAUUCGGCCAGACAGUACCAGGUGCAACCACGCACACAUUGCUCUGCGGACAUGAAAUCAGCGGCUAUGCGACCAGGCCUUGUGCAGUGAACUGUAUGGACUGGAAGAUGUGUCGAGGCAACAUUGUGGGAUGGGGCAGUCUGCGCGAUACCGCUGCGUUCUUGUGUCAGGAGUGUAUUGGGAGGGCGGAAUUAGUGCAUUCAAGGUUUAUCAAGUCGGAUGUUGAGAUGGCUGCGAGGAUGGCUGAGGAGAUGGCGGUGAGGGAUCUGGUUGAUGCGGGGGAAGCGGCUGCAAAGGAAGUGGCUGUGUGGGAAAUAGUUGAACACGGAGGGGAAUUUAGUCAACAGAGUUUGAUUGAUCGUAGCCAGCAAGAAAGAAAAGGCUAG